GGGCCGCGUCCAAAACCGCAUACUAGCGCACUAAAAACCGUCUAACGUGAACGGUGUUUUCUCGGUCCGUCGUGAUGCCCUGAGCGCGGGGCUGGCACAGGAAAGGAAGGGGAGAAGAAGCCUCUGAAUUAUCGCCCCCGUGCAACGCAAGACAUCUUUAAAGUUGUGGCAGACAUGUUCUCCACCGAGACAGCACACUAAAGCCCGGGGAAGGGAUUCACGCCUGGCCAGACCAUGCAUUAGGAGAUGAUGUCCAGUUGACAUCCAGAGCUUGUUUUCUACAGGUGUUUUCAGACUUCUGCAUGAUGAGCGUCGCUGGAGGAACACUGUGCAUCCUUUAGCGCUCUACACUGGUCCCUUCAUUCCGUCUCAGCAGGUUGCUCAGGGACAGGCACAAAGACAGCAGCGCAGAGAUCCAGGGAAAAGGUCACCAUGGAGACCCACCUGAACGGCCAUGUUAACGGCCAUGCGGUCGGCGACGAGAGUAAGAGCGUGCGCAACGGUUUGGUCAAUGGUUUUCAUAAGGAAGUGGUGCGAAUUACAAUCCCCGGUCCGCCCAGCUCUUCAUUUCCCACUGAGUGGGGCAAGACUGCCAUGGCCUUGUUAUAUGCCAUCUGCUGCUUGAUUUUAACCACUGUAAUGAUCUCUGUAGUCCACGAACGUGUGCCUCCCAAGGAGGUGAGCCCUCCAUUGCCUGAUAAGUUCUUUGACUUUUUCGACCGUGUGGAGUGGGCUUUUACUGUGUGCGAGAUUAACGGGAUGAUUCUGGUGAUCUUAUGGAUCUUACAGUGGAGUCUUUUGAAACACAAGUCCAUUGUUGGUCGGCGGUUCCUGUUCAUUGUAGGGACUCUGUACCUGUAUCGGUGUAUCACCAUGUACAUCACUACUCUGCCUGUUCCAGGGAUGCACUUUAAGUGUUCAGCUAAGCUGCAUGGAGAUUGGCAGUCCCAGAUGUGGCGGGUGAUGAAGAUGCUUGCCGGAGGAGGUUUGACCAUCACUGGCUCUCAUCACAUGUGUGGGGACUACCUGUACAGCGGCCACACGGUCAUGCUGACCCUCACCUAUCUCUUCAUUAAAGAGUACUCUCCGAGGCGCUUCUGGUGCUAUCACUGGGCGUGUGGGACGCUGUGCAUCGUUGGCGUGUUCUGCAUCCUUCUCGCUCAUGAUCACUACACCAUAGAUGUCAUCAUUGCCUACUUCAUCACCACACGCCUUUUCUGGUGCUACCAUACCAUGGCUAAUCAGUCAGAACUCAAAGCAGCGUCUCCAAGCAACUUCCUGUCACGUGUGUGGUGGUAUUGGGUUUUGCAGUAUCUGGAGCGGAACGUGCAAGGCGUUGUCCCUCGCAGCUACCACGUCCCGUUUUCAUGGCGAUCAGUACAGUGGGGCACGGUGAAGUACACCAGGAUCGACUCUGACUGAUCGUAAAAGCUCAACCUGAAGAGCGAGACUCUUAAAGACUUUCCUUAAGUGCCAGAUCAUGUGACAGACCAAGCCAAUCCCUUUAGUGCUCAGCUGCAAGGCGCACCGGUCCAUCUGACUUUCCAAACUUCAUCCAAAGCAUUUCAUUCCUCACCCACUACCUGCAUUCCUUCCGCAUUUCAGACCUAAUGCAUUAUGGGAUGCGUGGUGUGUAGUACCCAGGGCUAGAGCGAAUAACAAAUGCCUUUAGCACGUACUGUAGCACCUGCCAAAUGUCAUCACGUGAUGUUUAACAAAUCGCUAAUUUGGUACAUGGUCUGCCUCUGUCUGUUACUUGAACAUGCAGUAAAGUGAACCAGAUACAGAGAUUUCCAUUUGCUUACAGACUGAGCCAUUUUGCCAUGUUUUAAUAAAAGACUGGCCUACUUGAGAGAGUGGAAUCGAGUUUACCCAGUCAGCGGGUUUUUCCAGACUGUUCGCUUCACCCAAGUGUAGAAGUGUCCCUUUAACUGAAAAUCCGAUAGUUUAUUAUUUUUUUCUUCCUUUCAGAAAACGACAUGCAGGGAAGCAGAUGUUUGAAGAGAAGUGUAGUUUUGUAGCUACCCACUUAAAAUGUGCUUUCGAUAAGAAUAGCGAUUUAUUUUUCAGAGUAAAUCUGUCAUGUUUUUUUUACAUGCACAGCAAAAGGAGACAAAAAAGACUGUUUGCUUUUGGUGAUACGAACUUCCUCAGUGCCUUUCAUACCAGGAUUGGACAGUGAUCCUAUGGUUUGUAUGUGUGUGGUUUUUAUUUUUUAUUUUUGGCAUCUCAGUGGUAUAUUAAUGUUGAUAAGAGCCUUGAAAUCAAGGCAGAAAUCCCCAGUACUACACGAAGCAUGAGACUGCAGCAGCUUUUAAACACUGAAACCACUUCCUUGUGUAAUAUUUAGGUUGGAGGCAAAAUCUGGCGCGAAAUUCUAAAAGGAAACACGAGACGUCAUAAACGUCUAUUGAUGGGAAGUGGAAAGGUAUUAAUACUGUAUAUGUUAGUAUUAUUUCUUUGGUAAAUUGGUAUAACUGCAAGGUUGCAGUGUCUUUGUUUGCGUCAACCUAAAAUUGACAUUCAGAGCAGUUGUUCAUAGACAUGCAGUGUAUGAGGAAAAAUAUAAAAUGAUUAAGAUGUACUAUCUUUAUUUGUUCUCAAUUUUUAUCAGCAAAGCGUAUUUGGUUUUAGGAAAUACCCAAAACUUAGCAUGCUCUAUAAAUAAUUUUUACCAAAUUUGUCUCUUUUCAACCAUUAAUGACCACCAAGACAGUGUCUAUAAUCAGUUUUGUUGUUGUUGUUAUUAUUAUUGUUGUAUGAAAUUUAUUUAUUAUCAUAUCUCUUGAAGUAUUCCAUGCAAUGGAAUAUGGAAGCACAUUUCAUUUGUCUAAGACAAAUGGCUUUGUCUUUGCUGGUUCUGCUUUCAUACCCUACAGUCGGAUAGGAGAGUAGUUUCAAUGUCUUUGUGCAUUGAUGACUUGGGAGCGUGUUCGAUCAGGUCCACCCCGUCCAGUGUAGUUCAUGAGCCAGAUCCUACUUUGUUCAUAAGCUGAUAACAAUGAAUGAGCUGUCCUGUACAACACAUCAUAAGAAAAGCUGCUAACACUUUAUAUAUUUUUUUUUUUUGCCAAAUAAAUGACAACCAUUAGCACACAACUAAAAUGAUUCCGAAGUUGUUGUGGUUAUUUCGAAACACUUUUGUGUCUGAAUGAAUAUCUCUAACCAUGCAGUGCCUUCGAAAAGAUUGUGGGUGGGGUUAA